AUGUCACCUCAUUCUUGUUCCGAUCACGACGCGGUAACAAUGGGUUCCCUCAUCAUCGUUUUAAUAACCGUCGCCGUAUAUUGCAGUGAGACACUGGGUGAUACAAUUCCGAUCACUGCCAAACCUGAAGAUACUAAACUCGUCGAAAGAAACGAUAUUCAUGCGAUCGAGAAGGGGAUCUUGUGGAAAAAUCCCGAUAUGUCUAAGCGCAAGUCGAUGCAUAAUAACGAGUCAAAUAUUCUGGACAAUGAGACGAAUAGGAGAAAAUCGCGACUUCUGAAUAGUUUAGCCUUUCUAACUGGUCUCAGCUUCGGAGGAUUAGCCACCGCAGCGUCCUCCACUGCCAAGACCAUCGCCAAACUGCCACAGACAUCUUUUAGCUUAAACCUAGGUUCUUCCAAAGGUUCACCUUAUCUCGCCGCCUAUUACAAUCCUUAUCCCCUGCUACCUUAUCCGUUCUUCCUUCCCGGUUCCAUUGGAUUCACGCCGAUGAUCAAUCUGGCGAAACCUCAAACGACGUCGCAUAACGAUCUAUCGUCGCAAGUGAUCGGUCUAUUUGGAAAUAAACCGCUGAUCGAUCUGGCGGAAGAUAACGAAGAAUAUUUAGACGAGGAGAAAAAAACCAAGAACAACAAGAGGACGGGCAACGGCGAGGAUGAGGCUGACGAUUGCACAGAAUUGCAAGUCAAAGUCGAUCGGAACGCGGAAGAGAAGAUACGCGGAUGCAAAGAAGGUCAGCGAAAAAAUGGCAAUUUCUUGAAUCAAUCGAUCAGAGAGCAUCAAGAUCUCCAAGUGGAUGCCGACGAUUCGCGAGCAACAUUGAAUUUUCGAGAUGCAAACAUGAUCGCCGGGAAUCAGACCGUGACAGAAAAUACAACUAUGGCUAUGACAAUAGAUCCAUCUAAAAUCAUCUUCGGACCACCGAAAAACAAAACGCAUUAUUAUCCUUAUUACACGGAACAUCCGCCUUAUCUAGAAUAUUACGGUGGGUAUCCGCAGAACAUAAACCACGUGGAUCUCACGACAGAUUUGAACGCGCAUGAUCAUAAUCACAUUAAUUACAAUUUACCAUAUGAGCAACGACCUAAUUUUUAUCAAAAUGACAAGUAUAACGUUUACUCGAGCUCUCAUUUCAAUCCACCCUUCUCUGGGCCAUUCCCGUCCGAUCAAGUAAACGAAUAUGCCGGCACGGAUGUUAACCGAUUUUAUCAUUCGGAAUAUCAGCCACCAUACAAUGACGGUUUUAAACCUAUGACAUAAGUUAUUUACACGCUUUCAUUAAAUUUCAAUUCAAAAUUUUUUAUACUUGGUAAUUUUGUGAAAAAUUAAAAUUUUUAUUAUACGUUUAUUAUUUUCAGAUUUAUUAUUUUAAUCUAUGAAAUAAAUAAGAUCUACAAGAAAUCUCAAGUUAUAAUUUAAAGAUUUAUAUGCUUAAAACAUAUUGCUAUUUAUCAUGCAUUUUUGACAACAUGUUAUUUAUUAAUUUGCGUUAAUUAAUUUUUGGAUUUAACUUGUGCAAGUUUUAAGAAACACAUAUGUGACAUUUUUUCUACAAUUGAUAUAUUAGUUCCUAUGUAAGUUUUUACUCUUUCGAUAUAUACAUAUUCUUAUUUUCUACUAAAUAUAUAUG